AGGGGGAAGAAGAGGAGCUGCGAGCCCGCCGGCCAUGAGCCACAUCUACGGCAGCCACCUCUCCCCCCUGGGCAGCCCGUCCAUGGUUUACCUGCCCGCCGCGCUCGGCUUCGCCCCCGGGGGGGCGAUGUCCCGGCAGGACCCCCCUCAGAAACCCCCGUACAGCUACAUCGCCCUCAUCGCCAUGGCCAUCAAAGAGGCUCCGGAGCAGAAGGUGACCCUGAGCGGCAUCUACCAGUUCAUCAUGGACCGCUUCCCCUUCUACCACGACAACAAGCAGGGCUGGCAGAACAGCAUCCGCCACAACCUCUCGCUCAACGAUUGCUUCGUCAAGGUGCCCCGCGAGAAGGGCCGGCCCGGCAAGGGCAGCUACUGGACCCUGGACCCGCGCUGCCUGGACAUGUUCGAGAACGGCAACUACCGCCGCAGGAAGAGGAAGCCCAAAGCCGCGACCCCUCCGGACGCCAAGGGUGCCGAGCAGCCCGGCCCGCCCGCUCGCCCCGCCGAGCCCAAGCGGGCCAAGCUGGGCGAGCCGCGCCCGGCCGGGGGCACGGCGGCUUCUCCCGGGGGGCUUCCCCCGCUGCCCCCCGCUGCCGCCCCGCCGCACAAGAGCGGCUCCCGGGGCCGCAGCUUCAGCAUCGAGAGCAUCCUGGCGCAGGGGCUGCGGCCGCCGCCGGCCGGGGCAGCCCCCAAGGCGGCCCGGGAGAGCCCCCCCGGCUGCCUCGGCGGCUCGCUGCUGGCCGGCGGCGGCUUCGGGCCGGCCCUCAACGCGUCCCUCAUGCUCGACUCCCAGGUGCACGGCAGGCUUUACCACAUCGGCAUCCCCUUCCUCUCCUGCUUCCCUCUGCACUUCUCCGAGGCGGUGUUUAAUUUCCAGUAG